GAUGAUUCCUUGCUGCUUGCUGUCAUAUAGGAGAAAGGAUUUGCUGGGUGAUGCUGAAAGGAGAUGAGUGUUGUGUGUGUAUUGUUCUCUCUGUCUUAUUAGCUCAGCCUGCAAAAUCCUGUUUUAAGAAGCUGUUCACUUUUGUGUUCAGAUCCCAGCACGCUGAAGCACCCACUUCAGUGCUGUUGAGAGCUCCGGCCCUCCCUUAUGGGGAGAAGGGAGGGUGAUUCCUGGGAAUGCUUCCAGCACUGGGCCAACUGUGGAAACAACUGGGCUUGGUGCCAGCCCUUCGGAAGGAGGGGGAGCUCAGAGCUGGUACAGUGAGCGUAUCAGGCAGGGGCUGGUGUAGCCUGUCGCCUUCCUCAGCAUCUUGUUGCUGCUCACAUUUCAGGAGAGAAACUACUCUGUACAGAGCUUUGGCCAAGCAGGGACUCUGAGAGGUCCUUGUUCUAGACACUGCAAAACAAACCACGGUGUCUGGGGACCAUGGCUACGGACCCACUCUCGGAGCUUCAGGAUGACCUGAACUUGGAUGAUACUAACCAGUCCCUCAGCCAGCUCAAACUGGCUUCCAUAGAUGAUAAGAGCUGGCCAGCAGAUGAAGCUCCUGCUUUUCCUAAGUCGGAGGACUCCAAAGGCUCCCCUGAGCCCGUCACUCACCUCCAGUGGGAUGAUCCCUACUAUGAUAUCGCCAGGCACCACAUUGUGGAAGUAGCAGGUGAUGACAAAUAUGGAAGGAAAGUCAUUUUGUUCAGUGCCUGCCGGAUGCCCCCAAGUCAUCAACUUGAUCACGUGAAACUGCUGGGGUACCUGAAAUUCACACUGGACCAGUAUGUGGAGAGUGAUUACACACUGGUGUACCUGCACCAUGGCCUGACCAGUGAGAACAAGCCAUCCCUGAGCUGGCUGCGGGAUGCCUACAGGGAAUUUGAUCGGAAGUACAAGAAGAACAUCAAAGCCUUGUAUAUUGUGCACCCAACAAUGUUCAUCAAGACCCUGCUGAUUCUCUUCAAGCCUCUGAUCAGCUUUAAGUUUGGACGAAAGAUUUUUUAUGUGAACUUCCUUAGCGAGCUGGAGGAGUACGUGAAGCUGGAACAGUUGGGGAUCCCAAGCCAAGUGCUGAAAUAUGAUGAAUAUCUGAGAUCCCUGCAGAAACCUUCACAAGUGCCCCUGAAGCCAACCCCUCCGCGUCCACCGCUGCCAAACCAGCAGUUUGGAGUCUCGCUCCAGCUUCUCAGGGAGAAGAGCCCUGAUCAGUCUCCUGUUCCCCUGGUGGUCAGAGACACCAUUGGUCACUUGCAGGACCAUGCUCUUACUACAGAGGGGAUUUUCCGGAGAUCAGCAAAUACACAGGUUGUCAGGGAGGUCCAGCAAAAAUACAACAUGGGUGUGCCUGUAGAUUUCCAGCAGUAUGAAGAUGUCCACCUCCCUGCUGUGAUUCUCAAGACCUUCUUGAGGGAGCUGCCUGAACCCCUCCUCACUUUUGGGCUCUACAGCCACGUUGUCAGCUUCCAGAAUGUGGAGGAGGAGAAUCGUGUGGAUGUUGUUCGCAAAACACUCCAGACUCUGCCAGAAGAGAACUACCAAGUGCUCCGUUUACUGACAGCCUUCCUGGUGCAGGUCUCUGCUCACAGUGACAGAAACAAGAUGACAAACACCAACCUGGCAGUUGUGUUUGGCCCAAAUCUGCUGUGGGCCAAAGAUGUAGCCAUCACCCUCAAAGCCAUCAACCCCAUCAAUACCUUUACCAAGUUCCUGCUGGACCACCAGAAGGAGCUCUUCGAGGAUGUGGAGGCCUGAAUCCAGGCCAGCCCACGCCAGCACACUGUGCUCACCUUCCCACCUUCUUUCCCACCUUGUCUUGGAGCUGUGACCAAGCUGUCUCCAGUGCAAAGGGACUAUUGAUCCUCUGGGUGAUGAGCAGAGCGAGGGCUGUGGAGAUGGUGGAGAAAGUGUGUAAGUAAGCGUGCAGAGACUUGCUGCUCUGGAUGGGGAAGGGGAGCUGGUCUCCCUGCUGCUCCGAGUGGAGUCCUGGCCCCCCUGCCAGUCUGUGCAGCUCCUCCAGGGCUCAUCACCAGCCUGCUGCCCUAUCAGGUGCCCUGCCUCCCUUUCCUCCUUCCCUUUCUGCCCUCCUGGUCCCUUCCUCAGCAAAGACCUUUAUUGUUUCAGCUCCCAGUAGCCCCAGCUCACCCCCUCGCCUCCACUGGGCUGUCUGGGUGAGGGCAGCUCGCUGGGUUUGUGGCAGAGAUGUUCUUGCUGCCAGUGCCAUCCCUCAGCAGCAAGCGUGCAUCUGCCUUUCCCCAGCAGCACCUGAGGCAAGGAGGGAGCUGGGCAGCCCUUGUGCUUCGGGUGCAGCAUGUCCUGCACUUGCAAACACUACUCCAGACCCCAUGGUUUUGGCAGGCAAGUGAAGGACAGGCUCAACAGCACAUGGGCUGUGUUACCGGUCAGACUCCAAUACAAGGAAGCUGAAUUUAGCCCAAACCCCUCUGGAGUCACCACUCCAGAUACUAUUCAGUGUUUGCUGGGGUGUAGUGGGUGAGGUGCCUCCCAUAGUUACCCAGCUCAGGCAUUGUUUGUCCCUCCAGCAUUAUUUCCAGCCUGGCUGGGACGGUUCAUGCAUCCUGGCUGUGUGGUGGGGCUCUGAUGGCUGGUGAGACUGAAGGGCAGGGAGCAAGUGCCCUGGUGGCACUGAACCUGCUGCACACUACGAGCAUCACUGCCUCUCCCUGGGGCAGCCGCACAAAGCCCCUUUCCUCUGUCAGACAUGUACAUCUGUGCUGAUGGCACAGAGCACCUUGGCUUGUUGUCUUCUUGAGCAGGACUCUCCCCAGCACAGGGUAACAGAGAGCACGGCCUUGAGGGAAGGUGUAGGGGCUGGGGCUGACCCUCACCCUGGAGUGCACCAGGCUGGGAUUACGUUUCUGCCCAGGUGCUGAGCACUCAUGUGCCAAAGCUGUGAGGGAACAGCUAUUCCAUGCCAAGGGCCUUUGCCUUGUCUCGUCCUCAGUUCUGAGCUACCUUCCUUCUGUCCUACCAUGGAAGCCUGGUCAGAUGCACCCUGUAUGCCCUGGACACAGCAGGAGAGGUUGGGUUGUCUGCAGGGCAGGCUCAGAGCGGGGUCGACCUGGUACCUUCCCAAAGCAGCUGCAACCUGUGAGGGCAUCACUUUUGGGUUUGGGUUGCAGCAUUCCCAUUCCCUGAGCUAAAAGAAAUCCCUCUCCUUAGCCCGGGCCCAGCAGGGUGUUAGCAGGGAGCGUCUAGCCUUACUUCACUGCUGUGUUAUAUCUUUGUGUCUUGUGUCUGGGCCAGGCCUCUGUUGCUGUAUCUGGCUACAGGAACAAAUCUUUUGGACCAAGCAGAACUAUUUUAAAUAGCUCCUGGAUGCAAAAUAGCAUUUGCUUUUUCAUAGUAUUUUAGCCUGCCUUUAAACACUGACCAACGAUCAGUGCCUCAGCUGUAAGCAAAGUAAGUGUCAUCUGCUGCAGGCGUUAUGGAAAUUGCUCUUACUGCUGAGCUCUGGAAUGGGGAUGGGUGAGGACACAGGCAGCUCUGUGGGCAGCACAGGUCCAUGGAGGAGGAGAAGCAACAUAUGCAUGGGAAUAGUGAGCAAGAAACUGAGCAUCACUAAGGCUGGAGCAGGAGGUGUUUGAGGAGAGGGCUGGCGUCUGAUCCCAUCUAGAUAGUGGGGGAUUUUGCCCUAUGGAAGCUACAAGGUUGCUUAGUCUCCGUGUUCCAAGAGUCCCAUUUGUCCAGGGUAUGAAUUGUUUCAGCCUGAACAAUUCACAGCAGCAACCACAUGUAUGUUUUGGAGGUAGAGGCACUCAGCUCCCAAUUCACCUGUGCUCUGUGCUAGAGCAAGUUAGCAGGGCUGGUGUGCUGCAGAGAGUUAAUCUGUGAUGGAUGGUGUGAAGAGAGGCGUACUUGCUCCAGUGCUUGCUUUAAGAGGCCCCAGUGUUUGCUUUAAGAGGCAGGACUUUCUGGCCAGCCGGGGAGGACUGUGGAGGCUGAGGGAGCCCAGUGCAGCCCCUCUUCCCCUGCAGGCACCCUGUGCUGUGGCUUCAGUUUGGGGGUAGACUUGAUGCUCUGACUAGAUCUGAGCUGACACUGGCCUCGCUUACAUCCCCCUAGAGGAAACGCAAUCCCAGCUCGCUUUCCCUUGGACAAGCAAGCUCAAAGUUGGCACCGUGGAUCGGGAAGUGCCUGUGUGCCAAGGCAGGAGGCCUUGGCCCUGUGUGUAGCCCCAGCUCCCAGGGGAGGCUGGCACGUUCCAGGCGUGCAGAGCAGCAAGGACCAUUCCCUUCAGUAGUGAAGGGACCAAUGCUGGUGUAGUUUAGCUCCUCUCCAGGGGCAGAGCAAGGAUUGCUGCAAGUAUCCAUGUUCUGGCUGGAAUUUGUUUGGUGGGUGCUUAUUUUUAAUUUUUUAAAUUUUUUUUUUUAAGUGAAUUCUUGAAAUAAUCUUUCCUUUUUUAGCAAAAUGGAGACUGGUGCAUCCCCUGCAGGCAGGGAUAAAAGCCUGCUCCAGUUCAGUGCCUGCAGGGAGCAGAUUUGGAGGGCAUUCAGGAAGCUGCUACUGCUCACGGUGGGAAAGUGCUUGCAAAUCCUGGAAGGGACCCAGUGUAAAUAUCCCUUUUUGUCUGCUGCUCCUCAUGCCGGAGCUGCCGGGGGCCCUGGAGCAGGCACAGGAACCAGGGUUGCUUCUGCUUCUGCAGUCUGCUCUCCUGAAGGCCUUGUAUUGAAAUACCCCUCGUGUGACUUGAGCAGGGAGCUGGCCUGGGGCUGCCUCAGCCUGUGCUGGGUGUGUGCCCACCAGAGCCUGCAUCUGCCCAGACCAGGGGCUGAAAUUCCCUCUUUUCCUGGUCAUAGGCAGGCGCUAGCAGGGCUGGGUGUCUAUAGGUGCAGGCAGUAUCUGAUUAGGGUGCUGGUCUUUGUUCUCCUUGCUGUAGAGCUGCCCAAGGGUCUCUUCCCUGUCUUUCAGGUUAGCUAUUAGCCAUUUCUCCCCGUGGGGGUACUUGUUACACUUCAACCCUCUGCUCUUUAGCACCUCGACCAUUCCCCUCUGCUUAAGCCUCCUGCUGUCUUAUCGGCCCCUGCUCCCUGGCCCAUGCUGUGUCCUGACACCAGAGCUGUUGGGGGGCACAGGGGUGCUGGGGCCAGCUGGAUGCCUUGUGGCAAUGUUUGCUAUUUGAGAGCUGAGGACCACUUUGGUCCUUGUUACCUUUCAUGCACGGGGGCUCCUGUGCAAAACUGUUGGCUUUUGCUUUUGUUGCUGGUGUUCCUUGCUGCCUUUUCUGUUCAUGUUCAUGAGGUGCAGCCCUGGGGUUUUCACGGUUCACACUGUUUGUUUUCUUCUAAUCUGCACCAAUCUUGUAUUUCACAGUUUGCACUUUUUGUAUUUCAAUAAAAUUCGAAUUGUAAUCCCAGA